AUGGAGAUUGAAGGAGACGAUGGCUCGAGAAUUGAGGUUGAAAGCGACGGUUUCGAGACAGUGUUUGGGAGAGGUUUAGGUUAUAACACCAAAGACAGAACAGUGUCUCGCCGUCACGUUUUAUUUAAAACUGAAAACAAUCAAACAGAACCUAGGGUUUCAUUUCAAGUUAUUGGAAAGAACCCACUUUGGGUAAGAAAAAGCGGUGAAAGCGAAAGAGAUAUUAAGGUUUUCAGAAAGUUCGAUAAAGGUGAGGUGGGUGCCGGUGACUGGUUCUGCAUUUCUAGCCAAAAUCCUGUUUGGUUCAAUCUCAAAAAAAUUGGAGCGGUUAAAGAAGAAAAUGAUUUGGAGAGUGAGAAUUUAGAAAGAAAUAAUCUUUCACAGAUUGACCCUGUCAAAGAGUUUGGAUUUCUUGUAAUUGGGCACGAGUUUGAUUGCUAUCCAAAGCAAAGAAUUAAGGAUGCCAACAAUUGGGAUUGGUUCAUUGAAGAACCUGAGCAAGAUAGUGAAGAUGAUGAUGAGAGGUUUGAGAACAACAAAAAGAGAAAGAGAGAAAAGAAAAGUGGAGACAAUUAUGAUGACGAUGACGACGACUGGAGUGGUGAGAGUGAAGAGGAUAAGGUAAUUGUUGGGAAAAUAAGCAAGGUUGAGAGAUCAAAAUACUCAACAAGAUCAAAGGAUAGAAAAAAUAAAACCAAAACUUGUAAAGAUACAGCAAGAAAGAAAGACUCUUUGCAGAAGAAAACUAUGUCCAUAGAUAAUGAUGAGGAUGAUGAAACACUUGGAGGGUUUAUUGUGAAUGAUGCUGACGAGGAGGAGGAGGAAAAUGGAGGAGAAAGUGAUGAAGAGGAAGAAGAAUUUACUGAUGAGGAGGAGGAGGAGCUAGAGGAUUAAUUGCAGUUAUAAGGAACGCGCAUAAUUCUGGCCGACAUUGUUAGAUGCGUAGCUUUACUGCUAACAUAUAUUCAGUUGUGUAGGUGUAAUUAUUUUGUUCUUUUGUGCUUUGUAAAAUAUUGUUGGUGUAAUGUUUCCAGUCUACUCUGAAAUUUCCUGUUUAGUUAACUCUA